AUGCCUGACUUGCCACAAGUGCAGAAGUCAUGGAGUGCAGAGCUGCAAACGCUCGAGGGCCAUUCUUAUUCGGUUUAUUCAGUGGCCUUCUCACCGGACGGCCAGAGGAUCGUGUCCGGAUCUCACGAUCACACCAUCAAGCUCUGGGAUGCCCAGACCGGUGCGGAGCUGCGAACCCUCGAGGGCCAUUCUGAUUCGGUUCCUUCAGUGGCCUUCUCACCGGACGGCCGGAGGAUCGUGUCCGGAUCAGGCGAUAAGACUAUUAAGCUCUGGGAUGCCCAGACCGGUGUGGAGCGAACCCUCGAGGGCCAUUCUGAUUGGGUUCGGUCAGUGGCCUUCUCACCGGAUGGCCGGAGGAUCGUGUCCGGAUCUGACGAUCAGACCAUCAAGCUCUGGGAUGCCCAGAUUGGUGCGGAGCUGCGAAUCCUCGAGGGCCAUUCUCAUUGGGUUCGGUCAGUGGCCUUCUCACCGGACGGCCGGAGGAUCGUGUCCGGAUCUGACGAUCAGACCAUCAAGCUCUGGGAUGCCCAGACCGGUGCGGAGCUGCGAACCCUCGAGGGCCAUUCUCGCUCGGUUCCUUCAGUGGCCUUCUCACCGGACGGCCGGAGGAUCGUGUCCGGAUCUGGCGAUAAGACCAUCAAGCUCUGGGAUGCCCAGACCGGUGUGGAGCUGCGAACCCUCGAGGGCCAUUCUGGCUCGAUUUAUUCAGUGGCCUUCUCACCGGACGGCCGGAGGAUCGUGUCCGGAUCUGUCGAUCAGACCAUCAAGCUCUGGGAUGCCCAGACCGGUGUGGAGCUGCGAACCCUCGAGGGCCAUUCUGAUUCGGUUCCUUCAGUGGCCUUCUCACCGGACGGCCGGAGGAUCGUGUCCGGAUCUGUCGAUCAGACCAUCAAGCUCUGGGAUGCCCAGACCGGUGCGGAGCUGCGAACCCUCGAGGGCCAUUCUGGCUGGGUUUAUUCAGUGGCCUUCUCACCGGACGGCCGGAGGAUCGUGUCCGGAUCUGUCGAUCAGACCAUCAAGCUCUGGGAUGCCCAGACCGGUGCGGAGCUGCGAACCCUCGAGGGCCAUUCUCAUUGGAUUCGGUCAGUGGCCUUCUCACCGGACGGCCGGAGGAUCGUGUCCGGAUCUGACGAUCAGACCAUCAAGCUCUGGGAUGCCCAGACCGGUGCGGAGCUGCGAACCCUCGAGGGCCAUUCUGAUUCGGUUCCUUCAGUGGCCUUCUCACCGGACGGCCGGAGGAUCGUGUCCGGAUCAGGCGAUAAGACUAUUAAGCUCUGGGAUGCCCAGACCGGUGUGGAGCGAACCCUCGAGGGCCAUUCUGAUUGGGUUCGGUCAGUGGCCUUCUCACCGGAUGGCCGGAGGAUCGUGUCCGGAUCUGACGAUCAGACUAUUAAGCUCUGGGAUGCCCAGACCGGUGUGGAGCGAACCCUCGAGGGCCAUUCUGAUUGGGUUCGGUCAGUGGCCUUCUCACCGGAUGGCCGGAGGAUCGUGUCCGGAUCUGACGAUCAGACCAUCAAGCUCUGGGAUGCCCAGACCGGUGCAGAGCUGCAAACCCUCGAGGGCCAUUCUGGCUCGGUUUAUUCAGUGGCCUUUUCACCGGACGGCCAGAGAAUCGUGUCCGGAUCUGUUGAUAAGACCAUCAAGCUCUGGGAUGCCCAGACCGGUGCGGAGCUGCGAACCCUCGAGGGCCAUUUUGACUCGGUUGAUUCAGUGGCCUCAGGUAAUACCCAUAUGGAGCACAACCAAGGCUCCCAGAUAUCAGUUGAGAACUCCUGGGUCUAUUGGAGAGGUAAAAGCGUAAUAUGGCUUCCUCCUGAAUUUCGUGGACAUGGAUGUCAUGCUACCAAACAUGAUAUACUUGCCCUGGGGUAUCCGACCGGUCGUGUUCUCGUUAUUAGAUUUCGUACACCUUCCGAUUGAAUCUGUUUUUAAUAACACAAUCCAAUCUCCUUAUAUU